AUGGACCGUGUACGUAUUACAUAUGAAAAAUCAGAUACCAGUAGUGAUAUGAAACCUGAAAACAUUCAUGAAAAUGAUAAAAAUUCAAUUAAAAUCAACUGUGAAAAUAAUAUUAAAAUGGAAAAACAAUUAAAUACAGAAUUUAUAAUAAAAGAAGAAAUAUUAGAAGGCAUCGAUGUCAACAUGGAAAGUGGACAAAUUGAAGAAGGUCUGGAAGAUGAAAAGUAUUCAAGUACAAUCAUCAACUUCGAAAAUAUUAAACUUGAAAAACAAUUAAAUACAGAGCUCAUAAUUAAAGAUGAAGCAAAUUAUGAAUCAGUACAAGAUAAUUAUGAAAAAAAAUCAUUUUCAUGUGAUAUUUGUUAUAAAACAUUUACUCAGAAAGGUUCGCUAGUUUCACAUAUACGAAUUCACAGAGGAGAAAAACCAUUUUCAUGUAAUAUUUGUAAUAAAACAUUUACUGAACAACACCAUUUAGUUUCACACAAACGAAUUCAUAGUGGAGAAAAACCAUUUUCAUGUGUUAUUUGUAAUAAAGCAUUUACUCAGAAAGGUUCGCUAGUUUACCAUAUACGAAUUCACAGAGGAGAAAAACCAUUUUCAUGUAAUAUUUGUAAUAAAACAUUUACUGAACAACACCAUUUAGUUUCACAUAAACGUAUUCAUACUGGAGAAAAAUCAUUUUCAUGUGAUAUUUGUAAUAAAACAUUUACUCAGAAAGGUUCGCUAGUUAAACAUAAACGAAUUCACACCGGAGAAAAACCAUUUUCAUGUGAUAUUUGUAAUAAAACAUUUACUUAUCAACAUUAUUUAGUUUCACAUAAACUAAUUCACAGCGGAGAAAAACCAUUUUCAUGUGAUAUUUGUAAUAAAACAUUUACUCAGAAUUGUAUUUUAGUUCGGCAUAAACUUAUUCAUACCGGAGAAAAACCAUUUUCAUGUGUUAUUUGUAAUAAAGCAUUUACUCAGAAAGGUUCGCUAGUUUCACAUAUACGAAUUCACAGAGGAGAAAAACCAUUUUCAUGUAAUAUUUGUAAUAAAACAUUUACUCAGCAAAGCAAUUUAAUUACAAUGGGCCGUGUACGAAUUACAUAUGAAAAACCAGAUACCAGUAGUGAUAUGAAACCUGAAAACAUUCAUGAAAAUGAUAAAAAUUCAAUUACAAUCAAAUGUGAAAAUAAUAUUAAAAUGGAAAAACAAUUAAAUACAGAAUUUAUAAUAAAAGAAGAAAUAUUAGAAGGCAUCGAUGUCAACAUGGAAAGUGAACACAUUGAAGAAGGUCUGGAAGAUAGUUUUACAAUGGAACAUGGCGGCAGAAUUAAGAAUGAAGUUCUAAACGAUUGUUAUUCAUUGGAAUGUAUACCAACUAAAAAUGAAAAACUGGAAAAUUCAACUACUUUAAUUAACUACGAAAAUAUUAAACUUGAAAAACAAUUAAAUACAGAGUUCAUAAUUAAAGAUGAAACAAAUUAUGAAUCAGUACAAGAUAAUUAUGAAAAAAAAUUAUUUUCAUGUGAUAUUUGUAAUAAAACAUUUACUCAGAAAGGUUCGCUAGUUAAACAUAAACGAAUUUACACCGGAGAAAAACCAUUUUCAUGUGAUAUUUGUAAUAAAACAUUUACUUAUCAACAUUAUUUAGUUUCACAUAAACUAAUUCACAGCGGAGAAAAACCAUUUUCAUGUGAUGUUUGUAAUAAAAUAUUUACUUAUCAUUAUAACUUAGUUUCACAUAAACGUAUUCACACCGGAGAAAAACCAUUUUCCUGUGAUGUUUGUAGUCAAACAUUUACUCAGAAAGGUUCGCUAAAUAAACAUAAACGAAUUCACAGCGGAGAAAAAUCAUUUGCAUGUGAUGUUUGUAAUAAAACAUUUACUCAGAAAGGUUCGCUAGUUAAACAUAAACGAAUUCACACCGGAGAAAAACCAUUUUCAUGUGAUAUUUGUAAUAAAACAUUUAUUCUUAAUAGUAUUUUAGUUAAACAUAAACUUAUUCACACCGGAGAAAAAUCAUUUUCAUGUGAUGUUUGUAAUAAAACAUUUACUCAGAAAGGUUCGCUAGUUUCACAUAUACGAAUUCACACCGGAGAAAAACCAUUUUCAUGUAAUAUUUGUAAUAAAACAUUUACUGAACAACACCAUUUAGUUUCACACAAACGAAUUCAUAGUGGAGAAAAACCAUUUUCAUGUGUUAUUUGUAAUAAAGCAUUUACUCAGAAAGGUUCGCUAGUUAAACAUAAACGAAUUCACACCGGAGAAAAAACCAUUUUCAUGUGAUAUUUGUAAUAAAACAUUUACUUAUCAACAUUAUUUAGUUUCACAUAAACUAAUUCACAGCGGAGAAAAACCAUUUUCAUGUAAUAUUUGUAAUAAAACAU